UUCGUGGGGUCCUUAGCACACGGGUUUGUUUACUACACGUCACCAGGAAGUAGAGCUUUCUGGUACCAAAAUGCAGAGACAGGACACUCAGGAUGCCCCUCUUUUUGGAGAAGAGGAUGAGAAUAACCAGACAAAAAGGUCCAAAAUGAGACAUCCUCUGGUGUCUUUUUUCCAUCUCUUCUUCCGAACAAGUGCCAUCUUGGUUUAUCUCUUCUGUGACAUUCUCAGCGGUCGCUUUGUUGUCUGCAUGGUCACCAUCAUACUUCUGCUAUCAUGUGACUUCUGGACUGUCAAGAAUGUAUCCGGCAGAUUGUUGGUGGGUCUUCGAUGGUGGAAUCAAGUGGAUGAAAAUGGGAAGAGCCACUGGGUGUUUGAGUCAAAGAAGACGGGCAGCAAAAACAUAACGUCCAGCGCAGAAUCACGGGUGUUCUGGCUCGGCCUUCUUGUGUGCCCUAUUUUCUGGAUCCUGUUUGUGUUCAGCACUGUCUUCUCCUUUAACAUUAAAUGGCUGGUUGUGGUAAUAUUGGGCUUGGUUUUACAAUGGGCAAACCUGUAUGGUUAUGUGAGGUGCAAGGUGGGUGGAAAGUCUAACCUGAGAAACAUGGCAAAGAACUAUCUCGGUGUCCAGAUUCUUAAACGGGCAAUGACGCAACCGGAAAGUCUUUGAAGUCAGCUACUGGAUGGGCCUGUUUGUAUUUACUUGUUUCUUACACAAAAAAAGGUGUUUGGUCUUCUUUCGCAGCGCAUGGGUGAUUUAAAUUUCAGGAUUUUAGAAGAGGAUUUGGAUAAAGAAAUCAUUCCUUUUAGCUUAAGGGUGUGCCACUUUGUAGCCUUUGACAUCUGUGGUUUACAACAUGCAUUUUUGUAGCCUCCUGGAAAAAUACAUUUUACUGUGCAUUAUUGGGAGAAUGUAUGUAAUUACCUGUUACCUACCUUUUUUAUUAUGUUUGAUAUCGGGUAUUGUAAAGACAAAGUGUAACUUUGGUCAUUUUUGUUAAGGUAUGUCUAUGGGAAAUUAUAUGUUAUAGUAAAUAAGAAAAUAAAGGUUUACUGUCAUUUUCAGCUUGAAAUUUGAA